AUGAUAGUUAUCACCGCUAUAGAUUGGCGUGACAAUCGCUUCCUUCCAAUCAGAGAAGAGAUUGCCUUCGUUAAACGACUGACAAAACGAACUUGUAUCAUUCUUGACACAUCUGACGAUGUAAUGAAGGAAACAAGAAACAUUAUUUUCGGUUUUAUGAACAAAUACAAGUUAUCAUUCCGACCCAUUCUAACAGAUCAGACAUCAGCCCCAUUUCGACAUUUGGGUGGGACAGAAGUAAAGUAUACUGACUUGACCCUGUCAACAAACACAGGAAUUCUUUACCUGUCUUUCGAAACCUCUGGCAUGGUGGUCUGCGAUGAAGAGAAUUGA